AUGUUUGACUAUUUACUAAAUAUUCUGAAUAAAUCUUACUACUUCUUAUUCGAUCGAUUCAUCAUAUAUCCAAUGCUACGCUUUCUACAUAAUCAGUACAAUUUACGAUUCAUGAAUCUCGGAUAUCAGAGUUUAGAAGAUGAAGAGUUACCAAAUUUGAAGAAAUUAUGCGCAGAAGACUUGUGCUGCAAAGCAAAUAUUGCACUUUACGAAAAAGCAUUAAGUUUGUGCCCUAAAUAUCCUAAUUUCGAUGGUUUACGAUUACUUGAAGUUGGAUGUGGUCAGGGCGGUGGCAUCGAGUGGAUCUUAAGAGCUCAUCAAUCAUUUGUAGCCGUAAAUGGGAUUGAGCCGAUUAUAGUGGAUUCCAAAUGUGGGAGAAUUGUGCAAGGAAGAGCAGAACAAUUACCAUUUGAUAACGAUUCAUUUGAUAUCGUUCUAAGUGUUGAAAGCAGCCAUCUUUACGCUAACUGCCGACAAUUCUUCCAAGAAUGUUCCAGAGUUCUAUGUGAGGAUGGAUUUUUGUGCUGGACCGAUCUUCGCUAUACACAUCAGCUAAGCACAACUUUGCAUGAAGCACGGGAAUCAGGUUUACAACUCAACAGAAUGGAAGAUAUAACACUUCAAGUGUUACGAGGUAUUCAACUGACAUCAGCUAGAUAUGAAUCAAUGCUUCAACAUGCACCCUAUUUCGUUCGCCUUUUUCAAGAAUCAAUACGAACAACAUACUGUGCACCGGGAACCUUAAGUUACCAACGUUUCUUGACACACAAAAAAAUUUAUGUUUGCGCAUGCUGGCAGAACCAAAACAGUAAGCAUAAAAAUUCGUCGACAACAAUGUGA